AUGCGGCACAGCCUGACCCAGCUGCUGGCGGCGUCGGGCGGCGGCUCCCCGGCCCGCAGCGAGAGCCCCGCGCCGGCCGCCCCCUGCUCGCGGCGCGCGGCCGCCGCCCCCGCGCCCCCGGGCCGGCCGCCGCCGCGCGGCGCCGAGGGCGAGCGGGAGGCCGGAAGGGGCGGCGCGGCCGCGCGCGCGCCGUCGCCCGGGGCCAUGGAGGAGCAGGCGGGCGCGGCGGGCGCGGGCGCCGAGGACAUGGACUUCCUGGCGGGGCUGGAGCUGGCGGACCUGCUGGACCCGCGGCAGCCGGACUGGCCGCUGGGGCCCGGGCUCGGCUCGCCCGCGGCCCCGGCGUCGGGCGGCGGCGCGGAGGGCGGCGGCGCGUGGCGCGCGGACGAUGACGCCGAGGCCGCGGCCGCCGAGGUGCAGCGCUUCUCCGACCUGCUGCAGCGGCUGCUCUCCGGCGGCGGCGGCGGCGGCGAGCGGCGGCGGCGGAAGGCGCCCGGCGGCGGCGGCGACCCCAGCCCGGCGGCGGCGCGGAGCCCGCGCAAGGCGGCGGCGGCGGCGGCGCGGCUGAACCGGCUGCGGAAGAAGGAGUACGUGUCGGGGCUGGAGGGCCGCGUGCGCGCGCUGGCGGCCGAGAACCAGGACCUGCGGGCCGAGAACCGCGAGCUGGGCCGGCGCGUGCAGGCGCUGCAGGAGGAGCGGCGCUACCUGCGCGCCGUGCUGGCCAACGAGACGGGCCUGGCGCGCCUGCUGAGCCGGCUGAGCGGCGGGGGGCUGCGCCUCGGCACCUCGCUCUUCGGGGACGCGCCCGCCGGCGACCACGACUACGCGCUGCCCGCGGGGAAGCGGCCGGACCCGCCCGAGGACGACGACGCGGCGGGCGGCGUGUGCCUGCACGUGGACAGGGACGCCGUGUCCGUGGAGUUCUGCGCGGCCUGCGCCCGGCGCGCGGCCGCCCUCAAAAUGUAG